AUGAGUCUGGAUCUUAGAUACUCAGACGCCACGGCGCUUGCCGAGCUGAUUCGCACGGGCAAAGUGUCUGCCGUCGAAGUUAUGCAGACUCAUCUUGACCGUAUAAAUUCUUUGAAUCCUCAACUCAAUGCUAUCGUCACCGUCGACAAGAGUGCGUUGAAAAACGCUAAAGUCGCAGACGCAGCAGUGCAGUCCGGUAAAAAAGAUCUCGGUCCCCUGCACGGCGUCCCCUUCACCGUGAAAGACUCAAUCGACACCGCGGGUGUGGCGACACAACGUGGCUCGCCAAUAUUCGAAGGCCGCGUGCCUUCGUCCGACGCCGUCAGCGUUGCGCGGAUGAAGGCCGCGGGCGCCAUUUUACUUGCGAAGACCAACCUCCCGGAAUUCUCAUACGCCUGCGAAAGUGAAAAUCUUCUCACGGGUAGGACCAAUAAUCCUUGGAACCUCGAGAGGACACCGGGCGGCUCCAGCGGCGGAGAGUCGGCGGCCAUUGCGGCCGGACUAUCCCCUAUUGGUUUGGGCACUGACCUUAGCAUCUCGGUACGAGGUCCGUCUGCGAUGACAGGCAUCAUGGCGCUCAAGCCAACCCACGGGCGUAUCCCUAUGACAGGCAUAUGGCCACGAGAGCCUCGCCGGUUCUGGCACGCGGGGCCGAUGGCACGAAGCGUUCGGGACUUGGCUCUAGCAUACUCGAUAGUAGCUGGCCCUGACGGGCACGACGCGUUUUCGUCACUCGGAGCCAAUUUUGAUGCUGGAAUCGGAGCGUCGCCCAAACGACAGCUCAAGGUCGGCUGGCUGGUAGAGCCGGGUUUUGGCCCUAUUGAUCCUGAGAUUGGCUCAACUGUCAGGGCUGCGGCCGAGGCUCUCAAGGCUGCAGGCUGUGCUGUCGAGUCUGUCCGCAUCCCGGCUCUAGAGCGAGACUUCGCCCUAGACGUAUUUAUACGCAUUCAUGUGAAUGAGAUGAAACCCGCCAUGGUGCAAAUUACCAGCGGGCAACCAGAAGAGAAGAUUUUCAAGAAUGCCCGGGGCAUGCUAAACACCCCCGAAACACCAAUGCCUGAUUUCGUCGACGCUGAGCAGGCAAUCGAGCGGCUCAAGGAUGGUUUUGCUGAAUACUUCCAGAAGUAUGAUGCACUCGUGUGCCCCGUGAUUCCACUACCCUCACAUGGACACGCGGUUGAAGAGCUUACGAUUGACGGGCAGACCGUCAGUAACUUCAACAUCUGUUCGACCACCACGCCUUUCACUGUAACAGGACUACCAGGACUGUCAAUCCCGUUCGGAGCAAGUCAGGAGGGCAUGCCAAUUGGCGUCCAACUUGUCAGUAGCUGGCACGCCGAGUCCACUGUUUUGUAUCUCGCAUCAGUGCUAGAAAAGGUCAGCCCUGUUAAAGGGUCCCACCCGAGUAUAUAG